AUGGUAGCUGCCGGAGUUAUGGUGUCAUUGAUACCAGGGAUCGGCUCCACUUGGCCAUUAAUGAAGAGCCCAUUUUUCAGGCGAUCGAGUACUAUCAGCCUCCGCUUCAUCAGCGAAAACACCAAGCGACUUGAGCAGCAGGGGCACGCCAUUCGCCGUUAUUUUAACCACCCUGGUUACCAGAUCCAAGAAGAAGGCCAGGUUGAUCGCCAUGAUUACAGAGUCUUCUUGCUUGAUAAUACUGGCAAAAAGAUUUCGCCUUGGCACGAUAUACCCCUACACGUUGGCAACGGCGCGUUCAAUUUUGUUGCUGAAAUUUCUAAAGAUUCAAACUUGAGAAUGGAGCUUGCCACCGAUGAACUAUACACCCCUCUCAAACAAGAUAAAAUAAGGGGUAGAAUUUGGUAA